AUGGACGGAGUUCCAAACUUCACUAUCUACAACCUCCCGCCCAGCCCGCCAAAAUGGGACAACAUCGGGAUCUUCUUUAUAUGCUUCUGUUGCAUAUGGACCACCUUCGUCUUUGCCGGCAUGGCAUUCUGCUGGUAUAACCGCAAUAACCCGAUUCUCAAAAUCCGUGGCCUCCCACUCUCAUUUACAGCAAUCCUUUUUCUACAUUUGUAUUGGGUCCUCGCCCAACUUGUCUACCCCAUCGGGGGCACCAUGCCUGUUGUUCUUGCCUACGAUAUUCAGUACUUCUUCAUGGGCAUCUGGUUCCCUUUGGGCAUUGCCUUAUUUCACGCCUCUAAUAGCCGAUUUCUUUACGUAGCCAAGCUACAAAAGCAGUUCACUAACGACCACCGGGUCCAAGUACAAUGCGACGGCGGACGGUCAUCGUGGAUUUGCCGUUUCAGAAACAUGAGCUAUUCAGUCAGAAUCAUGACUCUCAUUGGCCUCGGUAUGAUCGCGCAGGUACUUCUAACCAUCGGCAUGUGGCUUGCCUGCCGCAAGUAUCAUCCUACAUUCGGCAUCCCAGGGACCGAGAUCCGAGGCGCAACGCUUCCAGAACAAAUGGUCGACUUGGGUAGAGGUUGGGAAUGGUGGCCUUCAGUCCUUUGGCAGGUCAUCUGGACAUGGAUGGUGGCACCUUAUCUGCUCUGGCGCGCUUGGGGCAUUCGUGAUACCAUGGGAUGGAGGGCUCAGACCAUUGGUUGCUGUAUCUCUAACCUUCACGCCACGCCUAUGUUUCUCAUCGCACAAUAUGUCCCCGCCUUUGCGUCGGUCAAUAUGUACUACCCUCCUAGUCAAUGGAUCCAUCUAUCAGUUAUGAUGUUCGAGAUCUUCACUGUUUUUGUCCCAGUAUUCCAGGUGAUCAAGUUGAACAUCCAACGCCGAAAGGUGGCGGCCUCUAACGAGAAAUGGGAAUCAUCUUCCCAGAUAACAGUGUUCGGCUCUGUCCAGUUAUCUGAUCAAGAGCGCAAGGGGUCGACGUCAAGUAGGGGCAAGAGCGAUAUCAUGGACAACCUCCUUAAUAACGAGAUGAGUGACCACCUCUACACGAUCGGUGCUCUCGACUACGUCCUCAGGGAGAAUCCCACUCCGCUCCAGAAUUUCUCGGCUCUUAGCGACUUUUCCGGGGAGAAUAUCGCCUUUCUAACCCGGGCUGCUGCGUGGAAGAGUACCUUCUCUGGUGAUUUCCGGGGAGAGAAAGAGCUGGACGCUUACAAUGCUGCGCUCCAACUUUACACCGAUUUCAUUAGCCCUCGAGACGCCGAAUUUCCCCUCAAUCUGUCAGGGCCAGAGCUCAGGCGGCUUGAAGACAUAUUCGAGGCACCCACUCGCAUUCUGUGCGGUGAGCCAGUGGUCAACACCGCGACUCCUUUUGACGUUGAGCAACCUCCACCUACUGGAACAAGCGAUGGAUGCUCUUCGGGAAGCAACUCUAGCACUACGCGCCUACGAGCCAAGUACACUGGAGACAUUCCACCAGGAUUCGAUGAUCUUGUUUUCGAUAGCACAUGCAGUCAAAUCAAGUACCUGGUUCUGACAAACACGUGGCCAAAAUUUGUCGACGACAUCAGAAACCAGAGCCGACGCUCGAGCGAGUCUGGCAGGACGUUUGAUUCGAAUGACUCGGAUCAGACACUGGCCAGUCGCGUUACGGCCUAUGUUCGUUCCAUAUUUUAG